AGCUCAAGCUGUGCCUUUGGCUGGAGAUUUGGGCAUCGUCAGGGCCAUGACUCAGGUAUGGGCGGCGAACCAGCACUGCGAAUGGUUGCAGGCAGCCCAGGCGCGCCUGGUCCCAGCUGGGCGCACUCGUCAGGUUCGAGCCUCCGCUCCUGCCACCGCUCUCCCGCUGCCGGACAGGCCGCGCUUCCGGCGCGCCACCUGUGCGCCGCCCAACCGCCCGGUGAAAGGGGCGCCAACGCCGGCUUCCGUCAGCGUCUUGGCCUGUGGUGUCGGUGGCCUCGAGGAGCUCUGCCGGCAGCUGGAUGACCGAGCAGUGGCCUGGGCUCUGCUGCGGUUCCAGGUGGGGGGCGGAACCUUCGUGCGGACAAAGAUGGUCUUGGUCCACCUCAAUGGCGCUCGCACGCCGGCCAUCCAGCGGGGCUUGCUGAACGCCAGGAGCCAGGAGGUGUUGAAGGAGCUCGGGGACGUGAAUGCCAGUCUGCAGGUGACCUCCGGAAAGGAGCUCACCGUGGAUUACCUCUGCCAGCGCCUGAUCCCCUUCUUCUCCGCAGACCACAUGGAGUACUCCCUCCAGGGCCUGAAGAGCGAAUACGACAACAUGGUGCGCGCCUCGCAGCAGCGUGCCGCGGAGGCACAGAUGCUGCAGGAGCCCAAGUCGGACAUGGCCCCACUGCCGGAAGACGAGAGAGUGCUGAGCUUGGAAGAGGCACUCCAUGAGGUGGCGGAGGAUGGCCUCGCCAAUUGGGUGCUGCUGGACCCUGCAAGGCUGAAUGUCUACAAGACGGGCUCCGGUGGCUUCGACCAAAUGAAGGAGCACUUGGCAGCGGAUCGGGUACUCUUCGGCCUGGUGCGGCUCUCUUUCGGCGGCUCAAUGAGCAGAAUGGGGUGUAGCUAUCACGGCCUCACGAAGCACGUGCUGGUCCACUGGGUCGGCCCAACCGUCAGCGCGGUGCGGCGGGGUCUUUGGGGCGCCAAGUGCGGGGAGGUGGCAGCACUGGUGGCCCGGUACUGCGCGGUGGCCUUCCGCCAGGAGGCAAAUAGCUUCAGUGACCUCAAGUUGGAGGAGAUCAUCUCCAAGCUCCAGCGCCUGACGGUGGUGGACAGCAUGUCUUGCGACAGCAUCGCCGCUCGCAUCUCCCUGGAGGAGUACAACAUGGCAAGAGCCGAAGAGAUGCAACGGCAGCAGAAGCCAAAGCCACGAGAGGUGCCGAAGGAGAAGCCACGCGAGCCGAAGGUCCUACCUGACCUGCAGACGGCGGUGCGCAUGGUGAGAGACCCUCGGGGGCACAUCGACUGGGUGCUAUGUGGGUUGAGCAGCCCUAGGCUACCCCCGACCCCAUGCCGCUCGUUUGCUCGAGCAGGCAUGGUGGAGUGACGGGCCCAAUAAAAUCCGGCCGCAGUGGGCCAGCAGGCCAUGGCUGAUGGGACAAGCU